AUGGGUGAAGCAAGCGUUGAAAUGGAACACUCCGAAAUCCACUCACCCAUCAGUUACUCAAUAGCGGGGACUGUCGGCGGACUGUUUUCAGUAACUGUUGGUCACCCCCUCGACACCAUCAAAGUCCGUCUUCAGACAACAGCAAUCCUUGCCCAAAAGACCAAGUUCCGCGGUACAUUUGACUGUAUUAUGCAGACUGUGAGAAAGGAAGGCGCGUUGGCUUUGUUCAAGGGUCUAUCACCUCACUUACUUCUCUCCGUUCCAGUUGCGAGUCUGACGUUCUGGGGUUACGGAAUGGGACUGAAACUUCAGAGUAAAGAUCAGAACUUCGAUGCAUUGACCCCGGUGGAAAUAUUCAACGCUGGUUUAAUUUCCGGCACUUGUGUGUCAGCCGUAGUCGUGCCAUUUUAUCUUGUCAAGUGUCGCCUUCAAGUACAGCAAUUGUCUAGUGCUAGUGCGCAUUACGAGGGACCAACCUCGCUAGCUUUUCACAUUUUUCGCACUAAUGGCUUACGAGGGCUGUAUAGGGGGCUCUCCGCAAAUCUCUUAACGGCACCCGCAACAGGAUGCUAUUUUCUUUCGUAUGAGUAUCUAACAAGGGCGCUUCUUCCAGCGGGUAUAUCGCGCGAUGAUGUAGGGUCCCUUCCGGUACUUAUCGCAGGAGGUAUCGCUGGGACAGUCUGGUGGUUAGUAGGGCUUCCUGCAGAUGUGUUGACAAGCCGUAUUUGGACGGCACCCGAAGGGAAAUAUCCCAGGGGGGUUAGAGAUGCGUUAAGGGAGUUAGUGCGGAAUGAAGGCGUCUUUGCAUUGUAUAAAGGGAUUGUUCCAGUUCUGCUAAGGGCUGCCCCUGAAGGGGCGGCACUUUUCUGGGGAUAUGAGAUCACUUUGAAAGCAAUUAACUGGAUGUCAAAAACCUUAUCUCCGACUUCAGAGUAA